AUACAGGUGGAUGUCUCAGCUACACCCUGUUUGGACACUACAUCAGCAGCAGCCGGCACACAUCGCAGCACACCGACUGCAACACCUCGCCAAGCACAAUGAGUGGAAAACAGGAGCUCCCUCCCUACGUCAUACCAGAUCAGAGUCAAUCUGACGGAGUGAAGGUCUACCAUCUGCACACGCCUUUCACGCCUUCCCCCUCACAUCAAGGCUCUGUCUCUCCUGGUGCACCAGUGUACACUGGAGGAGCAGGCCAGAAUACUGAUGAUGGGAAAUCAAAGUUUGUGAGCUACGACUCAGACCUCGGACGGAACGCCGGCAUGACGACCUGCACUUCCUGCCAGCAGCAGGUGUUGACCAAUGUCACCUACAAGGCAGGGACAUACGCCUGGCUCAUGUGCUUACUCUUCAUCUGCUGUGGAUUAGUCCUGUGCUGCUGCCUGAUUCCAUUUUUCCUGAAAAACUUCAAGGACGCGUACCACACAUGCCCCCGCUGCAACAGAGUGCUGUAUGUGGACAAGAAGAAGUGCUGUAAAUGAUGACGAGCAUGAGGGCAGAGACGGACCCGUGGAAAUGAGGAAGAACAUCCUGUUACCUUUGUCUGUGUUUGGGCGAUGGGGUAAAGAGAAGGAAGAUAGAGAAAGGUCACAAAUGUAUCUUAUUUCUAGGGAAGACUCAUCAAACCGCCGACGCAGAAUCAAGCAUGAAUGAAUUUUUACAUUACAUCAUAUUAUUAAGCAACCAAAGUAGGAGAGAUUGCACUGUCAGAGCAGAAACAUCACAUGCUCACGUCGUGACGCUCUGGCGAGUGCAAUUCAACCACACCCAAUGCACUUUUUUUUUUUUUGGUAGCAGUUAUAGUUUUCGUCCCAUUUCCAGCAGAAUAAACUUCUCUAUUCUCCUACUCAUAACGUUUACUCACAAAAAUGUUUAAAUGAAGGCUUGUAAAUAGAUUUUAUCAAAUACUUUGUGAUUCAAAGGACUGUGCAUUUGAAACCUAAAAGAAAAACUGUCUAGACAUCCAUUUGACAUCCAAAUAAUCAACAGCAUCGUAAAAACAAGUCAGCUCGAUACGGUCGACUAAGAGGAGAGAGCGACAAGAAGCAUAUUUCCUAAUCUGCAGUUAUUGCACAGCCAAAUCGUGUUAACAUUUUUUUUGCCGCAAGCUUUUAUCCAAAAAAAACUAAAUGCGUUGGAAUAAAAUGAGACCAUUGUGACUCAUUUGUGUUAUAUUUAUAUUUUGUCAGUCCUUAAAAUUAGUCUUUUAAUUCAUACAUAUAAAGGGAUGAGGGGCAAUCUGUUCGAGCAUGAAGUUCAAAGAAAAGCUUUUUAACAACAACAACAACAACAGCUAGCUGUAUAUCUAAUGUUGACUUUUGUUUAGAUCAUUUGAGGCUUUACCUCCAAGCCAAGAUUUGUCCAUGUCUUUUUUUACAAUGUCAAAGGCAACGCAGAAUCAACGCAGUGCUACACUAUGAAGUGAUGUUGGUUGACACAAGUGUUGGUGGAGCCACUGAUCGAGACACUUUUGAGUUUGAGUGUUUCGUGGCAAUCUUCAACAUCUUUGUAAAUGAAUCUCUUAAAUCUGUCACUGAUCAGUGGGUGAUUGAGCGUAGGGCCCACGAGACAUUCUUGCAAUAUUUGAUAUACUUGCAGUAUUAAGACCUGGGUGGCUGUGGUGACAAAAUGAAGCAUGUACAAAGUUGCCGUUAACGUUUUCUACACUCUUUACUUCAAAUUAAAAGAACAAGGUUGACAAAACAUACAGCGACUUUUAUUGUGAAACACGACCACUCGCACUCUUAUUGCUCGACUUCUUCACUGAAGUGAUAGUCGUGUUUUCCCACUGCCUGAAUGUGACCUGUGGUUAUAAACUGCAUUUACAGUUUCCAGUAACAAUGUCCUUCUUUUUCUCCUGAGGCUGGCAUCGCAAUUUAAUUAGAUCUCAGAUAACUCAUCUUUCCUGCAUGUGGAACAGUAGCAUCAAGGGUAACAUUAGCUAAAAAUUGGCAAAUGGUUUGGGUUGUGGAGCAGAGAAAUGUAACAAUUAAUCAAAUGGACCAAAAUCAACAGUUCCUACGUACACUAUAUGGACAAAAGUAUUUGGCCACACCUGUUAUGUACAUUUUUGGACAAUGCCAUACUUCCAACUUUGUGGUACAUGACUGUGGCCCAGUGCACGAUGCAAGGACUAUAAAGACAUCGUUUGACGAGUUUGAAGAAGAGAUGGUGAGCGAGGCCUUCUCGUGCGAAACAUGAGUGCCUCAUCAAUGCUCUACAGAAUGAAUGGGCACAAAUUCCCAUAGAAACACUAUGAAGAUGAAGUCUGUUAUAGCUGCAAAAGGGGGACCAACUCUUUUGGUCAGGUGUCCGUACACUUUCGUCCAUAUAGUGUCAAUAUCUUUAAGGCUGCUUUUUCAAAAAUCUUGUUGAUCCUCCUGAUGGUACACUAACAAUGUGAGAACAUAGACAAACGCAGCAGAAACAUUGUGAAACCUACAUAAUAAUCUCACAUGGACACUGUCACCUAUAUACGUGGACUAUUAUUAUCUACCAAUAUUAACUAUUUUAUGUCACUAUUUCUUCAAUAAAAGUAGGUGAUCUAUAAAUGAAAA